AUGAAGAAGAAGAAGAAGAAGAAGGGGAGGAAAGAAGGGAUGUUGGAAGUUGAAAGACAAAACAUUUGGCUUAGAAUCUGUACUCCUGAUGUACCUACCUCAAGAACCGAUCACGAUAAAGCGUCCUUUUCAACUGAUUGCAAUCGCAAAACAUCUCUUGAUUCAACAAGCUCUUCAGAGUGUUCAGAUAUUGAUUACAAUGAGACACCAACAUAUGAUAAUGAUGACUACAAUGAUAUUUUGAAGAGAAUCUUGAAUAAGCAGCAUCCUGUGAGGAUCUCUCUGAAGCUCUAUGUGACAGAGAAUACUUACAGCAUAUGGGAUACUAUACUUGAUCGCAGCAAGAGCAUCCUGUAUGUUGCAUUGCCAUCAAUUUUGCUGCCCGCAGCGUCGAAACAAUCAUUCAUCUCAAUGCUGGACUUUGCGGAGGAGAAACUCAAGUGCAACAGCGUGAUUCUCUGCAUGCAGAAGGAUCGCGAGGAUCGUGCCAAUUUGGUGCGAACAUUUCUCUUCCUCGGCUUCCAGCCAUUGGCGCCGAAAUCCGAUCUUGUGCCACCGCAAGCUGCCGAUGGGAACAAUAUCUUCCUCAUAUACAACAUCGACGAGGAGUAGUUGGCCAGCCAAACAGUCAGUCAGCCAGACAGCAUUGAGAUGAUCAUGUUUAUCACUGCGUAAAUUCUACAUCUUUUCUAUACUCUUCAUUAAUUGAGAAAAAAAAACAGUCACACAAUCAAUCCAACGUCUCUUCAUUUCUUUUCAAUUAAACACGACAAUAUUUUUUGAAUCUAAAUAAUAACAAGAGGAAAGAAUAUUCUUCGUAAUUCCCACACUUUUUCCAUACGAUUAACAUUAAUAACAAUAUAUAGAGAGAUUUUGCAGAGGAGAAAAUGUAAGAAAUAAUCCACAGAAAAGUCAUCAUUAUUCACAAGAAGAAGAAGAAGAAGAUAAGAAAUAUUUAAUGAAAUGGUUAAAAGAAGAAAAAAAGAACAUAAAGUGUAAUCCAGAAAUGUGUUUGCGAUUUCUUUUUUUUUUUUGUAGUAAAUAAUAUAAUUAAAUAAUAAUCACAUUGUAGGCUGAAAAGAGCGCUUUAUCUAGAAGGUAAAAAUUGAGAACAAAGAAAAAACCAUACAAAAUGUAAAAAAAAUUAAUAAAAGGCACCAAAAAUCGAAAAAAAAAUCAAAAAAUCAUUUGAAAAAGUGGCAAACAAAAAAAAAUUAUUUGUAACUUUUAAACAAAAACUACAUGAAUUCUUAACUUUUCUUUCAUUUUACAAUUAUUAUUAUUAUUUUUUUUUUCUAUGAAUUACAAAAUGCCAACUUACUGAAGUUUUUUACACACUAUAUUUUUCUGAGUUCAAAAACAAGAAAGAAAGAAGAAGAAGAAAUGUUACUGACAUAAAUCUCUAGAUUUUAAAACUGAGAAGAAUAAGAAUUAUAUAUAUAUAUCAAAGCAAUUAUGAAUUGUUCCGUGAUUUGAUUUCUCCUUUUAUGGAAAUUUACUUUGUGUCCUUUUUAUUUCAUCCCAUUCUUUAGACACUGAGACUAUUUUUUAUGGGGGCGAUAAAGGAGGGUUUUUUUUCUUUUGGUCAGGGAAAAGAGGGAGAGGAGAAAAGUGGGUGGAUGAAUGUUUGCAGAGUCUGAACGAGGAAAUUGAAAAGUAUUAUGAUCUUGCUGAGUGGAUUCUGCAAAAGAAAGUGCUAAGAGAGGAAAUAAGUAGAAAAAAAAAGAAUCAUCUUCAUUCCGUUUCAUUCUUUGACAAGCACAACAAGAUAAGAAAUCACACUUUUUUUUAUUUGUCACAUGAUGGAUAUUUAAUCUUGGAUUUUUUUUUUAUUAUUUUAUAAUAAUAAUAAUAACCAGAAAAGUAAAACUCUUUCAAUUUAUAUAUUAAAAUUCAUUUUAGACAUAAUUUUUAUUGAAAGUUUACAAACAUUGAUAAUGUUAUUGGAAGAAAGUAAAAAGGAAAA